AACAAACAUCGAUAGCCCUUUUGUUAAAGAGGUUCAUAGUUGCGAGAAGGUGUAAUUUUGUUAAGAGUUUGCAGAGUUUCUGUGUAGUUGAAGGAUUCUCCAUCUGCGACUAUCUUGCUCAUCACAAGGUCCAGUCUUUUUUCCGUGCAAACGCCUGUGAAUCGUCAGCAAGAAAACCCGAAAACUGCACUAAAACUUCCUGUGUGAGAAACGACGCAUUCAAGAAGGAAAGAACGUUUUGGAUGCAUGCUGACACGAGCUUGAUUUAAUUUUUUUCUUCUCCUGAGAAAAAGAAGCUAAUCGAGCUCUCUUGAGGAUUUUUUUUUCCUUUUUUUUUUUUUUUGGACAAGUUAGGUUGUUGUGAGCUGACCGUCACAAAGACCUUUUGACUUUCUAUCUUGCAUAUCUAUGAAAUCUGAGCUACUUACUGAAUCUGCUUCAGUCAGAAACUUGCAGAUAAUUAAAUGGGCAUCUUACAAAUGUGAUAGUAAAACAUAUAAAGACAGAAAUAGCAUUAUAAUGCAUCAUCCAGUUGCAUCUCUAUUUCACUAACCAAAACAGAAAAUGACGGCGAUGUAACAUAGGGCUUUACUUCCUUCAUUGUCAUGUGACUUUGAGCAUUUGAGCAUUAUUUUUUCUUCAAACCAAGACAGUCUUUUCACCAGUUUAAUGAGGUGAGCAGUGGUUUUCAGUGACCUCCAUUGCCAACAAAAGACUGUCUCUGAAUUCAUUUUUCUUUUUGCAUGCGUUUAGGCAGAUCUUAAAAUGAUUCGGUAAAAGGUGAGUCGACGCAAAAGCAUACUGGCACACAGUGUGGCAGGACAACACCUGUCUCUCUCCCCCCCAUCUGGUGUCAAAGUGGAACUGCUACACGAACUGCUGUCCAUGUUUCAGGGCAGACGACUUUCACAGACUGUUUCCUAAUAUUAACAGAAAGACAACCUGGCUCUUCCUCGCCGUUGGGACAAAUCACCUGUCAGAUCAAUUCAUUUUAGCCAAUCAGCAUUAAGUCCAAUCAGGUUUUGAGUCUCACUCAUGUCAAUACGAGCAAAUGGUUCAAAUAUAUUGAAGGAUCCAAUCUGCCUGGAAAAAAGUUCCCCAUACUGGAAACAGUAGAAUUCAUCAGAGACGUGACCAGCGCAAGAACUGCCUGGAUUCUGGUUUUGAGAAGGAAAAUCUCUCCUUCGUAGACCUCUGUGCUUCGGCUUCAAAAUCUGCUUCCUGCUUGGCCAGUUCUCUGGAUCGCCAUUCCAGAUCAUUCCUGCAACCGUUUGACCCAUCCUCAAGUGUUUCACCCUGGACGAAGGGAUCUGCCUCUGGGGAAAGGGGCUGCGCUGUCCUGGCGGAGGUGGAGAAGGGGUUGUCGGUGUGCUGCUCCCCGUCUGUCAGUGCACACACUCUGUGAUCAGUGCCAACAGGCCUGAGGAACCGAGCCCAGCCGGACCGAGAGAGGAGGCAGAGGACUUCAGAGCCACAGACUCUGGGAUCCUGGCCAUGAGGUUUGAUGCCUCGAUCCACUGACCGGAAACACUGGACCUAAAUGGCGCAGCAUGACUUUGUCCCUGCCUGGCUUAACUUCUCCACACCCCAGCCUGCCAAGUCCCCUGCUGCCAACCUUGACAAACAAGGUGAGCCCCACCACCACAGAGACGGCAGAACCGCUGUGAGCCGCCGCCGCCACAACUCCUCCGAUGGUUUCUUCAACAACGGCUCCCUGCGUGCUCCAGCAGGUGAUGGAUGGCAGCAGCCCUCUCUGCUUCUGAGGCAUGACUCAGUGGACUCGGGGGUGGCCAAAGGAGGGCAUGGUGGGCUGGCCGGGGGCUCGUGUUGGAAGGAAACACCCAGCUGGCAUGGAGCUCCGCGGGGUGCCCAGGACAGCCACCACCACCAGGGACGCCACCCCAAACGGGGAGGAGGCGACAGGGACAGGCAGGGGGGGCACCGGCAGCGCAACGGCAACUUCCAUCCCCGCAAGGGCACCUCGUACCAGGACAAGUUUCCUAACGAGGAACGCAAAGACAGCAAGGACGACAAGCUGAAGUUUGUGGAGGAGGACUUUCCUUCCCUCAACCCUGAAACAACUGGAAAGCCUGGGACUCAGAUGCGACCAGUCGCUCCCCAUGCUGGAGUGUGGGAAAAUCCCCCUAGUGGCAAACAGAUGGUGUCCAAGAUGCUGGUUAUCAAGAAGGUUUCCAAGGAGGACCCCAGCACCGCCUUCUCUGCGGGGUUUGCCACCGCUGGCGCCCUGCCCACCAACGGCAGCAAAACUCCCAUCACAGGCUCCAGCGUCUACAAGAACCUGGUCCCAAAGCCGGCUGUGGCCCCCACCAAAAGCACCCAGUGGAAAUCCGGCGGUAGAGAGAUCACAAAGUCCGGCCUUCACAUGCCAGGCCGAGAUUCAGUCUUCACCAGCCCCGUCUCUGCAGCCAAACCCAGCACCCCAGUCAGUGCACCACAGCACAACACCCCGAAAGAGCACCCUUCCAGCACGACUCCUCCCAUAGAUAUCGCUCCGUCGAGGCUGAAGCUGAUGCGCCGUGGCCCGGAUCGUAAGAGCGAGUUCCUGCGAGCUCUGAAGGACGAGGGCACCGGAGAGCUGACCACAAGCAGCAGCCCGGGAACAUCAGGAGAGGGUGAAAGCAGCACCCCAGAGCCCAAAGCCUACAGCGAGGAAGUCUGCCAUGAGAAUGGUCUGUCCUACUCCCUCAGUGACUCAGACACUGAACACCUGUCCAGCUCCCUGGAGGCAGAGCACAGGUUGCUGAAGGCCAUGGGCUGGCAGGAGUACCCAGAAAACGAUGACAACUUCCUGCCUCUGACGGAGGACGAGCUGAGAGAGUUCCAGACUAAAACUGAACAGCUGAAGAGGAACGGCAUGCAAAGAAACGGGGUUCUCCCGAGGACGCGGGGUGUGACCCUCCACUUCACCCCCUGGAGGAGUGUGGCGGAGGCGCAUGUCGAGGAGGGCUCCGAGUCCGAAACCAGUAGCAGCAGCCAGACCUCUGACGACGACGACUGCAUCAAAUCCUAACGUGGCUUUAUGGAACAAAAAAAAAAAAAAAACAACACACAAAAGAAGAAAAACAACAACCACAACAACAGCCAACACCACAUCCCAGCAAGCAAUCCCCCCUCUUCCUCUCUCAUCUUUGUUUUUAGAGCACCAUUUUGAAUUUUUUUGAUUUUUUUUUUUUUUGUUGUCGUUCUUGCACAAGGGAAAAACCAAUCAUAUCCCAGUGAAGGGGGAGAUUCCUGCUCCGCCAGACGUCGUUUUCCCUACGUUUCCUCCUUCACUGCAGUCCUUAGCCCUGUUUGACCCUCCUCUUCCUCCUCCUCCCCUCUUCCUCCUCCUCCUCCUCGUCCUCCUCCUCCUUCUGCCCCCCCCCUUCCUUUUUCUUCCUCGCUUUGUGGAACUGAAGUGUUCAUCAAGAAAAGAAGGGCAAUGAAUGCACACUUGAUUCUGCUUUAAACAGACUAACUCAUUUCAUUGAUGAUGCUGAUGACACAUUAUUAAUGAUAUUAAUAAAAAUUGGUUCCUGACAAGCUGAUAUGUUUCAAUAUGAA